ACAAAACCUAUUAUCAUGGAUAAUCGGUUGAUCUGUUUGAUUUUGGUCAUCCAAUUUACAAUAACAUCAUCAUCAUCAUUAUCAUCAUCGAUAUUCGACGAAAAUAAUUUAGAAAUGGGAAAAAUAAUUAGAAAUUCCGCUAAAUAUUUGAUAAAAAAUCAUGGUCAUCAUCUUCUUAAACAAUCUGGUCGAGCUACAACUACAUCACAGGUCAUCGAAUAUAAUGCCCGUAACAUUGUUCUCAUGACACUAUUGAAUUCAGUUCUAAUUUUGGGUGGUAUUCUUGGUUCGUUUAAUCGACCAGAUUUACCAUUCAAUGUAUUAGGCUCUGGAAAUAGAGCUUCUUUACCAUUCAAAAGGAUUGAUUUAUUUAAAAAACGUUUAUGGCCAAAACGUACAAAUCCUAAACCGAACGCAAUCAUUGAUGAUCAAUCCGUUCAAAUAGAAGCACUUAUCAAAGAUCUGAUGAACAAAAAUCAACAUAUCGAACAUUUAUCAAACGAUAUUUAUCCCAGAAUUUUGGAAACAAUCAAACGAAACGAUAGACGACGAUCGGACAAUUUAGAUUUAUCCGAUGUUGAAGAAGUCGCGGAUACUGAUUCAACCGAUUGUGCCAUGUUGAUUCAAUGCACGGAUGCAAAAGGCAAAUUAUAUUAUCCAUCGUUGAGUUCGCUAGCUAAAACAGCAGUUCAAUUGGUAAACAACAGCCAUGCAACUGAUGAUGAAACGAAAAAAUCUCCAUCAAAAUCGAAAACGAAAAAAUCUGGGCGAUCUAUGACCAGGAGACCGAAAAUGUUGUUGGAUCAAGUACAAGAAAUGAUUGAAAUGGAACAGAAAGCCAAAUGUCAAUGGAAAGAAUUAUGUCAGAUUGAAAUCAAGCAAUAAUGUUGUUUAUGAUUUUUUUAGCUCAAAUAAAAAAAAAUUUUAUU